UGAUCAUGUUAACGAUUGCUGGAUCAGACGUAGAGAGGGAGGGGCUUAUAAAACGGAGAAUUGCGUCGCUUACUUCACCAGUUUGUUUCCAAAUUUCAACCAUUGCCUCGAAUUACUUUGACGCCUCUACUAUUUUCUUGUUGGGAAAAAGGGGCUUGAUACGGACUAACCAUGGGUGUCGAGGGUGGAAUGAAAUGUGUGAAGUACCUACUCUUCUUUUUCAACUUCAUCUUCUGGCUGUGUGGUCUGACUCUAAUAGUUCUGGGAGUCUUGGUUCAGGUGGCUGUCCACAACACCGUAGUGAUCAAUAAUGUCUCAGCCUCGUCAGCCCCCAUUGUCCUCAUUGUGGUGGGGGUCGUUGUCUUCUUCAUCGCCUUUUUCGGCUGCUGUGGAGCCUGGAAGGAGAGCUACUGCAUGGUCACCAUGUUCUCUCUCCUUCUGGGUCUGAUCAUUAUCACGGAGAUUGGUGCUGCCAUCGCUGGAUAUGUCUUCAGAGGCAACCUGACAGUCAUUGUCCAUGAGAGUCUCAAUGACAUGGUCACCAAAUACAGCAACGGCACCGACGAAUUCCAGAAGGCCCUGGAUAACCUGCAGAUUGAUCUGAAAUGCUGUGGAGUGAUCAACGCCACUGAUUGGAGAGGAAACUUUGGGCCUGGCACAAACUCUGUGCCAGACUCCUGCUGUGUCAAUAACACCGCUGGCUGUGGUCGGGGGGCCAUGGAGGAUUCAAGUAAGGUGCACCAGAUGGGGUGUCAGACUGUUGUGGAGGAGCUGUUGAAGAAGAACAUCAUGUGGGUCAUUGUAGCAGCACUGGUGAUCGCUUUCCUGCAGAUCAUGGGCAUCAUAUUCGCCUGUAUGUUGAUGAGGGGCAUUCGCAGUGGCUACGAAGUCAUGUGAUCAUUCUGCCAAUGAGGAGUGACUCAGUCCGCUGCUCUCUUAUGUCAAAUUAUGUUCCAAUAUUUGUGUUUGAGAGUAACAGCUAUCAUUUCUUUACAAAUGUCUUAUUCUCAAUGUAAACACAUAACAGGUGACUUUGCAUUGAGGCCAAAAUGUAACCUGCCAAGAAUAUCAAUGUUGAGUCAUUUUGAGAAAAUUAUGUAUUUAAAUAGAGCAGCAUUCUGAAAUUGGAGUUUGCACUUGUUUUUGUUGACUCACAUUUUUAACCUUGAUUUUAUCAACAUUUUUCUACUCAAUACCUUUUCUGACAAAUACAUUCUAGUCUAAUGUUCUUGCUGAUUCACAUUAAAGAUUUCAGUUAAUUUUUCACUUGUUGAUUGACUCCGAUGCGCUCUAGUGUUGUCCAAGUGGAACAUUCUUUGUGGCUCCUCACUGAAUCUACACUGAACAAAAAUAAACGCAACAUGUAAAGUGUUUUCAUGAGCUGAAAUAAAAGAUCCCAGAAAUAUUC